AUGAACCUCAUCAACAAGGAGCUCGCGGCGGUGCAAAAUGCUACCCAGACGGACAAGCUGCGCGAGAUUCUGGGUCCCCGCGGCGCCAGACUCAUCGCCACGUACGUUCCUCGGCAAAGGCGGAGCGGCCACGGACGUAAAAAACAUAACAUCAGGGCCACCAUUUCGCAGGAAGCUGUGUGUCGAGAGACUUACCGAGAGCGCACAAGAGGGGCGCUAGCAAUCGGAAAAGUCCUCAACGCGCCAUGGCUUGCCACCGCGCGUGCCGCUGUGGCUGCUUGCUACCAUAACGGAAAGCUAAGCAAGAACAAGAUCGACGCAGCAAAAGUUGCUCGACCAGUUGCAGUGCGACGAGCGACAUGCAGAUCGACGAGUAAAUGA